AGCUCUGCCCGUGCGCGUGCGCAGCCGAAGCGGAUCCCAAACGGAGUUUGAACUGUGUCGCAGCUGAUCUGGGUUGAGUCGGAGCUGCUCGGUACCAUGCUAUCACCUGAGGCGGAGCGGGUGCUGCGGUACCUGGUGGAGGUGGAAGAGCUCGCCGAGGAGGUGCUGGCGGACAAGCGGCAGAUUGUGGACCUGGACACCAAAAGAAAUCAGAACCGGGAGGGCCUGCGGGCCUUGCAGAAGGAUCUCAGCCUCUCUGAAGAUGUGAUGGUUUGCUUCGGGAGCAUGUUUAUCAAGAUGCCUCACCCUCAAACGAAGGAAAUGAUUGAGAAAGAUCAGGAUCAUCUGGAUAAAGAAAUAGAGAAACUCCGGAAACGACUUAAAGUGAAGGUCAACCGCCUCUUUGAGGCCCAAGGCAAACCAGAGUUGAAGGGUUUUAACCUGAAUCCCCUCAACCAGGAUGAACUUAAAGCUCUCAAGAUCAUCUUAAAAGGAUGAAACUCAAGAACCAAGAUGGGGUACCAAAGACAGCUUCUCUCCCCGCCGCCCCCCCCCACCCACCAGCGGUCAUGGAGGACCCAGGACUCUCCAGCUUUAUAACCUGCAAGGACAUGAUCUACCCUAUUAGGAGCUAGGCUUCAGGAAUCUGAGCAUGAGAAGCCUCUGUCUGUGGGGAUUGCUGCUCUGUGACGGCAGGAGGGAGCCCUCAGCCUGCCAGUGUCUGCUGGGUCCGACCACUGGAGCUGGAUGGACACAAGACCCAUUGAUAGGCCCCGGCAGCCACCAGUGGUGGGUGGGGGCCGUGCCUGUGAGGGUGUGAGAAUGACCACAGCAGGCGCUUUUAACAAGGGCCUGCUGUUCAGAUGGGCCCCUGGCAGCCGCGGGGAGCAUCAUUCCUGCAUUCCUCUCAGGAAGAGAGGCAUUCUCAAGCAGCAUGUGGUGGAAUUGGAAUAAAGCGGGCGGCUCACAGAUGGUUUCUGAAUGAAGGGUGGAAUCUUGGUGCUUCGUAGUUCACCGCAGCCUUCCGUGGGGCACACGCCCCAGUCCCCACCGCGGCCUCCACUUUGGCCCUUUUCUCCUACAUGUCCCUGGGAUGGAGCCCAGCGUGGGUGCUGCGUCUCAGACUCCUGCACCUGCUGUUUAGUCAGGAAGGCCUUGCAGAGUCCUGGACCACGGAUGGGGGAGGGAGCUGCCUCUUCACGUGGCCCUCCGCCACCUCUGAAGGCAGGGCCCGGGCCAGACUGCUCAGAGUUCCCGCCCGCCC